AUCUAGAACCUUCCGCUCGUGACAUAAGGUGAGCGUCUAACUCUUUUAUAUCUAUGGCGGCGAGAACGUGAAAAUGACGCACGCACUACGUUCAAUUUUAAGGACGACAGUAGAAUGGAAAGAGGGGGACGGGGAAUCAACAAACUCCGGGUCGGCCUGUGAACGUUGAGUUAACUUACUCCGAGUGCAGAAACCCAGGCUCUUCGGGUGUCAGAACCGCUGGUUUCCAUGAGUUCAGUGGACUCGGAGUUGGUUCGCCCGGAAGCGAGCGCGCGCACCAGCGCCAUUCAAAGCCUCCGCGCGGACGCUUUCGGCGAACACACCGACUGCAGCAGCUCCAAAAAGAGGUCGAGUUAUUUCACGCCGCGAGAGCAGAGGGUCCUCCUGCAGGCGUAUGAAGAGCAUGCACACAUAUUUAGCAAAAAGAGCAACAAGGCAGCAGAAGCUAAAGCGAGGCAGGCUGCAUGGAAGAGCAUUGCUGCCCGAGUCAAUGCGUGUAACUCAGGGGAAAGACGGACUUGGAUGCAACUGAAAAUGAAGUAUAAAAAUAUGAUUCAGAAAGCUAACAGAAAACGGGCUGCGGCCCAGAAUAUCGACAGUGAGCUACUAAUCCCACCCCUGACGGAGGCGGAGGGGCUGGCCAUCAGCCAGAGCCCCCCCAGACCCAAUUCCGAAGGCAUCUCUGCAGACAGCUCACCUGAACCGGGGGCCAACCAAGACUCGGUUACAGAUGGUGUUUACGUUGUUGAGCCUUCAGCCACUGCAACAGGGGAAGAGCCUGCAGUCGAGGAUGUUCUGUCUGCUGCCACCAAGAAGGAAGCUGAGAUUCAUACUGAAAGAAAGGCUGGCCACAACCAGGACGGGGUUCGUCCGACCUCCACGGCACGGCUCGACACAUUACCAGUAGCAGAGUUAUAUAGGCAUCAUCUCCUUAAGACUAUUGAGAAAACGGAUAAAGAAAUCACGUAUUUGGACCGCCAGAUCAAGAAAGCGGACCUGGAAAUUCUCAUACUGGAGCGCCAGUUGAGGGAAUAAAGAAGACUGAAUUAUUUAUUUUUUUGGUGGAGAGACUCGUUAGGAGACUAACUGCGAAAGAUCUGGGAUGUCUUCAAGGAGUUGCAGAGAAGUCAUGCUACAGUAGUGUCACAUGAUGCAUUAGUGGCCAGAUUGACCUUAGAGUGGAACUGGAACAAGAAUCUAGGAGCUGGACAUCUGAACCUAAAGUCCUAGCUCAUGGCUGGGGGUAGUGGACUGCCCUCUGCCCCACCUGUAGCUGGUAUUUAUGAAAUCAUUUUAUGAAUACAUUUGAGCACAGAGAGGUGGGAAUAACAUGCAGAGCUUUAGGUUUAAUAGUACAUCCAAAUGUGGAGCUCACAUUAUACAUGUGAAUUGUUUAGUGUGAUUUGUACUAUUAGUUAAAACCAUAUUACAUACUCAAUAGUGGCAUUACUAGGCACUAUAAUGCAGAAAAACAAGAGUGCUUUUUAUACAAGGGCUUUUAUUGGUCAAUUUAGCCAAGUUCUGAGAGGUUAAAAUAAAUUAAGUUUUGCAAAAAGCC